UAGACCGAGACGCACAGUGGAGAUGGCGAGGCUCGCGCUGCUCAUGUGGAUUUCCUUCGCGAUAGAAGCCCAAGUGACCAGCAAUUUACUUAGUAACGAAAUUAACGUUAACAAGACAGAGAGCGUACACAAGGAAACAAAUGCAUCACUUACAAAUGCAUUUAUUGAUUUAAACGAAAUAACGCCUUUCAAAACCACCCCUGAGCCUGUUUUAAACAUAACCACCCAUGCGCCGGCUUUUAACAAAACCCUGACAGAGACCCCUGCACAAAAAGAACAAGAUAAGAAGACACCGGACAACAAAGACAAGUCAAGUGAUGGAACAGCUGGAUCCCCAAAACCUGAACUGAAGACCUGUCCGCCCCUCGGGCUGAAGUCCCUGCGGGUGAAGGACUACCAGCUCUCUGCCUCUUCCUCUGAGCGGGCUGGCCUGGGGCCCCACCGCGGACGCCUCAACUUACAGUCUGGUUUAGAAGAUGGAGACGAGUACGAUGGAGCCUGGUGUGCGUCGGUGAAGGACAAAGAGCAGUGGCUGCAGGUGGACGCACUCAGACCCACACUCUUCACAGCAGUCGUCCUGCAGGGCAGAAACUCCAUAUGGAGCUAUAACUGGGUGGAGUCGUAUAAGGUUCAGAUCAGCAACGACUCGGUGAACUGGAGCCCUUGCAUGAAUGGAUCUGUGGAGGCGGUGUUUAAGGGGAACAAUGAUCUGGACACUCCGGUAAUGGCCCAGUUUCCGGAGCCUCUGGUGGGCCAGUUCCUGAGGAUUAACCCCCAGAGAUGGUACUACAACGGCAGCGUGUGCCUCAGGGCUGAGGUGCUGGGCUGCCCUCUACCAGAUCCUAACUGGAUAGAGCCGGAAGUGACUACAGAUCGCUUGGACUUCAGGCAUCACAACUACAAAGAGAUGAGAAAACUGAUGAAGGAGGUCCAUGAUAUGUGUCCAGACAUCACUCGCAUCUACACCAUUGGGAAGAGCUACACCGGCUUAAAAAUGUACGUCAUGGAGAUCUCAGACAACCCCGGGAAACAUGAGCUAGGUGAGCCGGAGUUCCGCUACGUGGCAGGUAUGCAUGGCAAUGAGGUGGUGGGUCGGGAGCUGGUGCUGAACCUGAUGCAGUACAUGUGCCGCGAGUACAAGAAGAAGAACCCGCGCAUCGUACGGCUGGUGCAGCUCACGCGCAUACACCUGCUGCCCUCCAUGAACCCUGAUGGAUACGAGAUGGCCUAUGCAAAGGGUUCCGAGCUGGCGGGUUGGGCUGAGGGUCGCUAUAGCUACGAGUAUAUCGACAUGGCCCACAACUUUGCUGAUCUGAACAACAUCAUGUGGGACGAGAAGGAGCUGGCGGAGGACAAGAGUAAAGUCAGCAACCACUACAUUCCCAUCCCCGAGUACUACACAUGGGAGAACGCCACGAUAGCUCCAGAGACGCGCGCGGUCAUCAGCUGGAUGCAGGCGAUCCCCUUCGUGCUGAGUGCCAACAUGCACGGCGGGGAGCUGGUGGUGACGUACCCGUACGACUGCACGCGCGACUGGAUUCCACGCGAGGACACGCCCACCCCGGAUAACGACUUCUUCCGCUGGCUGGCCACGGCCUACGCCUCCACCAACCGCGCCAUGGCCGACCCCGACCGACGGAUCUGCCACUACGAGGACUUCCAGAGCCAGCACAACAACAUCAUCAACGGAGCAGACUGGCACACGCUACCAGGCAGCAUGAAUGACUUCAGUUAUCUGCACACCAACUGCUUUGAGGUGACGGUGGAGUUGUCGUGCGAUAAAUUCCCUCACGAGAGUGAACUUCCUAUGGAGUGGGAGAAUAACAAAGAGUCCCUGCAAAUAUACAUGGAGCAGGUGCACAGGGGAAUUAAAGGGGUUGUGCGAGACAGAGAGACCAAGGCUGCGAUUGCAGACGCAGUCAUCAAAGUGAGGGAUCUGGACCAUGACGUGCGAACUGCCGCUCUUGGAGACUUCUGGCGCCUGCUGAACCCCGGUGAGUACGUGGUGACGGCGUGGGCCGCGGGCUACCUGCCCUCCACCAGGAGGUGCCACGUGGGCAUGGAGGCUCGGCCCACCCUGUGCAGCUUCGUGCUGGCCAAGACGCCCCAGCACCGGGCCCUGGAGGCGCGGGCGUCCACCAAGAAGGGGGCCCCCAAGAGGGUGGUGAAGGACAGGCCGCUGGUGCAGAGGGACGAGCAGGUGAAGAAGCUGCGGGCCACCACCAAAAUCCUCAACCAGCGCAGGAUGAAGCAGCAAGCGCAGGCCAGCAGGAAACAAUGGAGAAGAUAAAAUGACCACAUGCUCCUCCUGACAAAGAGAUGAAAACGACUGCAGAGAAUGUGAUGCUUCUCUGUGACAUCGAAAUGCAGGAGUGGAAAGGUCUGGCUUUAGGAAGUGAAAGGCCUUGCGUAGUAUCUUUUUUUGGAGGGAGAAUGGAACCCGCUUCUCCACGCUUACGCCAAAUCCCAUUUCUAAUCUCUACCCCCUCCCCUACCCCUUCCCCCUUCAAACGGAGCAAUGAGGGGCAGGCCUAGGGCUUGAAAUGCAACCCUUAUGAAUCGGGACACCCCUUCAACAAUCACAGGACACUGAUAACAUUCAAAAGCCCUCUGUGGUAACUUAAACCAACUAAUAUUGUUUGUAAUUAUUCCAGCCAAGUUAACGAACCACUAAAACAUUCAUUCAGGGUUCAAACAAAAAAAAAGAACGAAUUGGUGCUGUAAUCCUGAAUCGUGAAUUUGUUUCAUUCAUUCACUAAACAAAUGUGUUCCAAUUACCACACCUCUUCGAACAGGAAGAUAAGUCUUAUUAAGACAGUGAGUGACAACCAGUCCAUCCAAAAUAAGAAAAUAGAACAAUCACUGCAUGGUAGGAUGCCUACUUCCUAAAGCUGGACUUUCCCACGUCUGCAUAAAUGUAAUGUGUACAUACGUAGCUAUAAUGUCUGGAGUUCUUCUUUAACUCAACCGAUGAGCGAGACAAAGGAGCUGGCCUCUUCCUACAGUAGAGUGAUGUGUGAUGAAUGUAGUACCUCUGUUUGAUCAUUCUCUGUAAAAGUGUC